CCGGCUCGGCGGGCAGGUGAGUCCGGGCGUGAGCACCGCGUUGUGCCAGCACGGUAACAGCUUCCUUUAAAACGAGAGCAGGCAGUGCUACUGCCUUCCGGUGCUCUGGUGCCUGUCCUGCUUCCCUGGCGCUGGUUCUGAGCAAGUCACCAGCUCUCUUCCCCACCACGUUUUUCCCGGUAGAAGGCUCAGCAUGUUCUGGGAUGUUGCCGUAUCUCUGGUACAACAAUACUACCAUACAGAAGGGAAGGAGAGGAAGAAGGAAAAAGAAUUUUUCCCUCUGCUGCUGCAUAGUUUCAAUAUGUUGAUUCUAGUUUCCCCUCCCGCUAACUUUCCUCGUUUCCCUACCCUAGAUCUAGUAUUUUGCUGUUUGCGUUAUAGCUUGUACCUAACAGCGCAGCCUCGGGUAGGUGCCUGUAUCUUGUACUCAUGUGGAAUCUAUUUAAGACCCUUUGUGGGGCCUCAUUCCAAACUAUGUGCCCUUCAACCUAAACUCUGUAGCAGGAGUGAGUUUUUGAGAGAGCCAUUUAGAUUCUUGUAACACAUGGGAAAGUUUGGCAGCAUUGUAAGCUGAGUGAAAAAAGCUGGGGUUAUGUUGCUGAAUUAGGUACGGAAAGGAUUUGCGUGUACUUUGCCUUUUUUUCGUGUCGUACAAGGAAACCGAAGUUAGCAGAGCGGAGAUAUGUGAUAAAUGCUAUUUGGUGGCUAAGCCAGACGCCUCGCACUCGGAUUCUGGAGGAUGAGGGUCUGCCCUCUCUGAUGCUGAGGAUUCAUUGUCCCCAGCCGGGCUGCCGGCGGGGCAAGCCGUGCGGCGGAGCCCCUUCCCGGGUGCGGAGCCCGUCUCGGGGCGGCGCCAGCCUCCCAGGAAAGGGAACUUCCCCUUUAAAGCUACACAUACUAUGUAAGUGGAGUGGGGUGGAGUCACUGCUUGAGCAGGCUGGAUAAAAGCCUGCAAGGAGUUCAGCUGCCUCAGACUGCAAUCAGCAUGAACUGCAGCCUGUCACACCGAGUGCUGCUCAGCUCUGCGAUGGAGGCACAGCGGGACAGGUUGUGCCUGCAGUCUCUUUGGGACUUUGUCACCGCAAAGGAGCCACUGAUCAAGUCACCGUUUUUUCCAGUGCUGUUUUCUUUUACAGCAUACAUGGCUUUCUGUCUUCCAUAUAUUGCACUGGACUUUUUAAGCAUUAGACUACCAGACUUGAGAAAAUACAAAAUCCAGCCACAGAACUAUCCAAGCCUUGGAAUGAUGGUGCCUUGCAUUAUUCAAAGUGUGUAUCACCAUGUUGUUUUGAUCUUCCCGGUGACAUUUCUACACUGGUACUGGAGACCCAUGAAUCUACCAGUGAUAGCUCCGGAGCUGCCUGAGGUUCUGCUGCAAGUAGCAGUUUGUCUGCUGCUAUUUGAUUUUGAAUACUUCCUGUGGCAUUUGCUUCAUCACAAGGUGCCUUGGCUGUACAAGACCUUCCACAAGGUGCAUCACAAGCAUGUGUCGACGUUUGCCCUUACUACACAGUAUUCCAGUGUAUGGGAGUUGCUCUCACUGGGAUUUUUUGCUGCUAUAAACCCACUGCUCCUCGGAUGCCAUCCUUUGACAGAAAUGAUUUUCUUCCUUGUAAACAUUGGUUUGUCAGUGGAGGACCAUUCAGGAUAUGACCUUCCGUGGUCAACUCACCGACUUGUGCCUUUUGGAUUGUACGGAGGAGCACCACAUCAUGAUCUGCAUCACCUGAAAUUCAAAUCAAACUAUGCUCCUUACUUCACACACUGGGACAAGCUCUUCGGGACAUUCAUGGAGUCACACUCUAAUUAAGAGUAUUUACCUGUGGAUGAACUCUUAUUUUUUAUAGACUAAACUGGGACAUUAUUUUUUUAAAGAUAUACAGAAGAUUGUAUAUUUGAAGCUGCCUAUAAAAGCAAUAGCUAUUUAUAACAAAUCCUCUUAAUAUAUGUGUAUUUGUAUGUGCACUUGGAACUGCCUGUGCUAAGUGACUGCAAAUGGGAAAGUGAAUAUCUGUUGCUUGAGUUUGAGUCAAAGUUUUAAGGGAAGCAUUAAGAGACAUUCUCUCUCCUUUCCUUCUUUCCAGCUUUCAUAAAGCAUGUAUCAUGUUACUGUAUGGUGUUUUAUACAUACGCCAGACCAUUAUCUACUGUUGUAGGAUGAUUUAUGAUGUAAACAGAAAAGGUACACAUCAUGGAUUUUGUGGAGUUUAAUCUGCCAGAGAAAAUUAUUGCGCAAUGAUUUUGCAAAAUACUGCUGCCAAGCCAGGGUGGUUGGCUAACUGUUAAAUAAUUUUGAUAUUUAUAUUUUCAACUGUGAUGUACUGUCUCUUUUUAAUAAAUAUGGUCAU